UUAUGCCGCCUCAAGUUUCUCUCUUCAUUUUACGUACCUCCUUUUUUUUAGUUCUCUCAUAAAACCCAAACAGAAUAAAAAAGCGAAAAAUAGAGAUACCUGAAUAUCCGGUAGGUGGAAACACUGUAAGCAAGCGGCGGAAGAUCUGAAGGGAGAUAAUCGCCGUUAAGCUUGACGGAGUUUCUGAAUUUCAAUGGGGAUUCCCAACGACGACGCCGUUUUGAUUGAGAAAGGGAAAAAAUCCGGUGACCCGUGGGUUAUUACCGUUAAUUGUCCUGAUAAAACUGGGCUUGGUUUGGAUAUUUGCCGCACCAUUCUCGAUUUCGGCCUCUUCAUUUCCAAAGGAGACGUUUCAACGGAUGGAAAGUGGUGCUAUGUAGUGUUGUGGGUGGUCCCUCAUUCUACAACUCAUGCAGUUCGAUGGGAAAACCUAAAAGAACGGCUUGUUUCUUUCUGUCCAUCAUGCACCUUGACGUUUUAUUACACUCCACCACCACCAUGCAAGUCCUCUCCCCUAUACUUGUUGAAGUUUUGUUGCCUUGGUCGAAGAGGAUUAUUAUAUGAUGUUACCCAUGUUCUCUGUGAGCUUGAGCUCUCUAUUGAGAGGGUAAAAGUGACAACGACUCCAGAUGAUAGAGUCCUGGACCUCUUCUUUAUCACUGAUAACCUGGAUCUUCUCCACACAAAAGAGAGACAAGGAGAAACUUAUGAACAACUACGUGCUGUUUUAGGCGAAACUUGUAUUAGCUGUGAACUUCAGUUAGCAGAUUCAUACCAUGAGGCUCGUCAACGUACCUCAUCCAUCUCCCCUGCUGUUGCUGAAGAGCUUUUUGCAUCUGAGUAUUCUAAGGAGUGUCAUAUGCAAGCGCUUAGCCCAGAUUUGACACAAUUGAAAAAGGCUGUAGUCAACGUGGAUAACUCUUUGAGUCCAAGUCAUACCCUGCUUCAGAUACAUUGUGUUGACCACAAGGGUCUUCUGUAUGAUAUCAUGAGAACACUUAAAGACCAUGAUGUUAAGAUUUCAUAUGGUCGAAUCCCAGCAGUUCAAAAAGGACAUCGUGACAUAGAUUUAUUCCUUCAGCAGAAGGACGGAAAAAAGAUGGUUGAUCCGGAACGAGAAAAUUUGUUAUGUUCCUGUCUUAAGAUGGAAAUGCUUCACCCGUUGCGCGUACUCAUAGCAAAUCGUGGGCCUGACACUGAACUAUUAGUUGCUAAUCCAGUCGAGUUAUCGGGACGGGGAAGACCUCGAGUUUUCCAUGAUGCUACUCUUGCUCUUAAAAAGCUUGGCAUCUGCAUUUUCUCGGCUGAGAUAGGCAGGUAUUCUGCUUCAGACCGGGAAUGGGAAGUGUAUCGUUUUCUUUUAGAUGAGAACUGUGAAUAUCAAUUGUUGACAAAAGAUGCUAGGAAUCAGAUUGUAGACAGAGUCAGAAGAUUGCUGAUGGGUUGGUGAUGAAGUUGAGCAGUUUUGGACACUUUUCACCCAUGCGCUGUAUUGUAUCAGAUUCUUGAGUUGAUUCUGAUGUAUAGUGUAUCCUAUUCGUUUAAGCCUUAAGGGUGUUUGAAUAACAGUAGAGGGAAUGGAAAGAAAAAGGGGAAAUAGGGAAUGGCUUGGUAUCAGAUUUUAAUAUCCUCCCAUUUUCUUUCUCAUCGAUCUCCAAAUCAAUAUCCAAAUGAAUCUAUAAGGAUCCUCUUCCUUUCCCUUUAAGGAUUCUCAUCCAAUCGCUUGUAAGUUGUAAGUGGUUCAUAUUUUCCAGUUUGGAGUAGAAAAAAUAGAAUGUACUUGCAGCUUAAGCUGUCUGCCUGCUUGA